AUCUGCACACUUCCACAUACCUACCCUAGGAUUUUGUCUGGUCCGCCGCUACGCAUAUACUGUAUUAUACAUAGACACGUAGUGAAUACUGAAUAUGCCCAACAACCCAACAAUGGCGAAACAAGAAGGAGAAGAAGAAGUGAUUCUACUGAAUUUAUGGGCAAGCAUGUAUGGGAUGAGGGUCAGGAUCGCACUUGCUGAGAAGGGUGUUUCAUACGAAUACAGAGAAGAGGAUUUGAGGAAUAAGAGUCAGCUUCUCUUGGACAUGAACCCGGUUCACAAGAAGGUUCCGGUUCUCAUCCACAACGGCAAACCAAUAUGCGAGUCAAGCAUCAUUGUUGAAUAUAUCGAUGAAGUCUGGAAAGACAAAGCUCCAUUGUUUCCUUCUGAUACUUACGACAAAGCUCAUGCGAGGUUUUGGGCUGACUUCAUUGAUAAGAAGGUAUUCCAAAUUGGGAGGAAGUUGUACACAACAAUAGGGGAAGAACAUGAGGCAGCAAGGAAAGAGUUUAUCGAUUCCCUUAAACUGAUUGAAGGAGAACUUGGAGACAAGCCUUACUUUGGAGGUGACAGUUUUGGCUACGUUGAUGUGUCUUUGAUCCCAUUUCAUUCAUGGUUUCAUUCCUAUGAAACAUAUGGGAAAUUGAACAUACAACAAGACUGCCCAAAAUUGAUUGCUUGGGGUAAAAGGUGCUUUCAGAACAAGGAGAGUGUGUCCAACACUCUUCCUGAUUCGCUAAAGGUCCUUGCUUUUGUUCAAUUCUUGAGGAAAAGAUUUGGACUCGAUGAAUAGAACUUUGAGGUAUCAAAGCCAAUGUGGUUUUGUUCAACACGUGUAUCGGAUCUGUGUUGCUAUUUUCCCUUUCUUGUCAUAAAAAAAAACACUUGGAUGUGUUCGUCACAUAUAAAUAAAUAAAUAAAUAAAGUUGUGUUUUCAGAUGCAUUUCUUGAUAUGCUUACAUUUUGCAAUAAGUGUAUUUUAUGUGUGGGAUUGGUUACAUAUUUGUCAG